UAGAAAUAAAACAAAAUAUAAUGAACGAUUGGACAGCAACCAAAAAUGAUUAUAUUAAUGAAAGAAAUUAAAGUGAGAGAUUAAAAGCUAUAAAUGAACAGUAAAAUGAAGAAUUAAAGAAAUUAAAAGAUUAAAUUGAUUAAAUUAGACAGUAGAUUGAGGUGUAACUAGUGCAAAGGGGAAAAUAAUAAGAAGUAAUUUGAAAUUAAAUUAUGAUUAGACAAUAGAUAAUCUUUAAUACGCAAGAUAAGUAUAAAUAAGAUAAGGCUAAGAAAGAUUGGAAGAAUUGAACAGAUAAUUAGAAAGAGCAUAAGCUGAAUAAAAUAGGCUUUAACAUGAAUAAAAUGUUGUUUAAGUACCUGAAGUAGCUGAAUUGGAGAUCUAAUCUAAGGUAUCCUUUUAUUUCUAAUAUGAUUAGAAAAGUGAGGAAAAAGAUGGAAAAAUUAAAGUUGAAAUUGAAUUAAAGGAAAACUCGACUCAAAUUGAAGUUCAAGAGUAAUUAUUGGCAGAUAAAAAGUCUGUAUCAUUGAAGGGUUAUGCAAUUCUUGAUUCAACUUUAUAUUAUUUUAACAAAGUUAUAGAAUUAUGGAAAGAAGUUUAAGAGAGGGAAUCUAUCCAAUUAAAUGGACAUGUAUUGACAAUUAUAUAUAAAUGA